GAGAUUAUUGUCUAAAGAAAGGCAAGGACAGGGCCAUCCUUUUUGCAAUCCAGAUACACACGCAAGGAUAGACCUGUCAAUUACUAUCAAUUUACUUUAAUUUGACUUACACAUAUACAUGUAAAUGUGUAUGUAUGUGUGCGUGUGUGUGCCAGUGCGUACGUGCGUGUGCCAGAGCGUACGUGCGUGUGCCAGAGAGUACGUACGUGCGUGUGCCAGUGCGCGCGCGUGUGUGUUGCAUGUAGUAUAUCGGUACACGAAAAAAUAAGAAAGGAAUUAAUUGAUAUCACAUAUUGUACAUUAACUGACUACCUGUACAAAGUAUGUACAAGAAAUAUGACCCGUCCCCCUUUUUGUAAGAUUCUGAGAAUCCGCCACUAAUAAAAUCUAUACGAAACGUAAAUGCAUAGUCCAUUGACCGACAACAUCUGGUCCAUGGUAAAAUUAUUCCAAACUGUUUAUUAAGGUCAGCUGACUUCAUCUACAUUAUGAAAUAAAAAGGUCAAAUUUCUCUUUGUGACAAAAUCACAAUCUUUAUAAUUAUCACCUCUGAUCUCAUCACAAAGGGUAAGUUAUUCUGGGGCCCUCCGCUCUGCUCUUUGUGUGUGUGCCCCCAAACGAUGCAUUAUUGCGGACAGUACAUCAGGGUGACUGUGUCAAUGUACGAUCUUUUUUUUUUUUUUUUUUUUUUUUUUGGCUGGGAAAGAUGCUGGCGAUAAUUUGCUGAGUACAUAACACGCUUGACUGACUACCAAUCAGAGGAUGAGGUUUCCCUCCCGGCGCGUAACGAUGAUGACAUGCAUUUGACAUGUCCCUAUACUAUAAAUGAAAGCCCAGGGUUGAUGGAAAGACGGACAAUACACAAUCGUAAAUGAAAAUAUGGCAAAUGGAAAAUGGGUUGUUUGGAGCUCAAAACCAAAUCACUAUGAUUAACUGUCAUUCCUGCAUCAAAUAAAAAGAACUACAAGCAGGGCAGAAUGUGUCGUGGUAUUUUACGACAGCGAAUUGGUCCAGACGAGUCAGAUGAUGCUGCGAGAAAUGGAACUAACAUCAUUGUGCGAGACGAGGUGAAAAUCGAGACCGUCAUCAUUAUCCUGUGGGUGGCAGGUGGGGUGCUGUUAAUGACUCUUCUAAUUCUUUUGGUCUGCAUCCUUAGGAACAACAAGAAAUCCGGAGCACAAUGCGGAAAUGGGUCACGUGUAUUGCGGAUAGAUCCAAGACGCGCCAAUUCUCGAGAUGGCCGAUUGAAUCAUGGGUAUACUAAUUACGACGAGAUCUGGACGUGGAUACCUAUCAUACGCGGGAAUGAGGGCGAAUGUCCUCGUACCUCCGUAUACACCACUCCCUCCAGCAAUGAUUUACAACCCCCUCCCUAUAACGAGGUCGUGGGAUCGUCUGCCAUUCAACCAACGGCAACCACACCUAGUCCACAUGAGACGGCGAUAAAUUUGCAAAACCAGGUUAGUUCUUUUUCUGCGACGAAUCAAAUAGCUAACGACGUUAUAGUCAAUCGGGCUCUGGAAGAGAAUGCUCAGAAUUCAUGUAUUUCUGUAAGAAAUGAGCAGACGAUUUCUGUGCACAAUUCCGAUUCCAUGACUGGUGCAGCUUGUAGUAACAUUGUUGAGAGUGAACUUCAGACAAGACAGAGACUACAAUCUGAAGGUAAUCAUUUGAACAAUGGCGCUGAAAGAAGACGUACUGAAACCGGAAAUUGUAAUUCACGGCAACAUUUAGCACGUGCAAGGGAUUUGACCGGAAACGACACCAACAACAUCCCCUCUGUACCAGACACCCCAGAUCAUUACCGUGACGUAAUUUACCACCCAGAGCAAGGACUGUACUCCUUUCUAAGGAGAGAAGGCGGUAGGAGAGCGUGGUGUGACAUUCCUCCAAAUCUUCUAAACGAGGAUGGACCCCCGCCUUACACCCCGGCGCCUGACUACCCAGGCAGGCAUCAUAAUACCCGCAGAACAUCAUUCCGACAGGCGGUAAGCGAAAUACCUCCCAGAUAUUCAAGGAGACACCAAGGACUUACCGACGAGAGACCAGACAUUCCCCCAGAUUACACAUCCGCGAUAGAGCAAGAUUUCCCCAACAGUCGAGCUGGACACGUAGAAAGAAAUACUACCGCUCCUAUCGUGAGGUGUGACUAUGAUUACUUCUAACUACAAAGACUCAACCGCCGUGCCAAACACCGUCCACCAGUCAUCAAAUGAGAGGGGGGAGGAGGGAGUAAACUCUGGGGCAAUGACAGUCCGCCAGAUAAUAGCUCUCGGAGUCGAUUAGAUUUUCCUAGUCUAGUCCAGUCUCCUUAAACUGUAUAGUAGAGGAUGACGAUUGCGUGAUUUACUUGGUGAUGUCACUUCUAGUCAGUAUUAUGUAAAUAGACCAUUACUAAUCAGUAUUUAUUGUAUGUCAUGAACUUUUAAUAUAUUUUUAUAUACACCCGGUAUGUACUGAUGAAAGUUCCUCGUUAGUCAUCUCGCUAGCCAGGGGAGUGGACCGAACACCCUUGGCUACAUCUUCACAAGUCAAGGGUUAUUGAUUCUUUACUUCGCAUUAACCCUUGACAUCAGUGACUAUUAAAAUGUUGGGCUCAUUAUCUUUUUGCUUAAGACAAUAUUGCUUAAACGAUUGAAAUAGCCAUAACUGUCGGUAUCAAUUCACGUGUUUUUAUUUGAAUCUCUCGCUUCGCGUUGUUAGAAAUAGAACCGCAUUCUCAUUGGUUCCCAUUCUUUUGUGGAACCAAUCAGAACGAGCCCAACUUUUUGAUAGUCAAUGAUGUCAAGGGUUAGUGCGAGGUAACGAAUCAAUAACUCUUGACUAGUGAUGAUCGUUAGUGCGCUAAGCCAAAGAAACAAAAGCUGCAAAUUAACAGCUGUUGAUUUUAUCAUCAGUUCUUGCAUGAAUAGAUGAAAUCUAUGCGGCUUGAGAUAUAAAUUAUGUAGCUAGUUUAAUAACUAGAUCUAGCUAGCAGGUUGAACUUAAGUUGCAUUGGAUACGUGUACUUCAGCGUUUCUAUCUGCAGUGUUUAAAUGUGUUCAAGAAACAGGACGAUAUUAUAGUGAAAAGAAAAUCCGCUCUUCCAAAGAUGUGUGAAUAUAACAAUCAAAAAUAAAUGUUUGUAUCAUGCUG